UCUCUCUCUCUCUCUCUCUCUCUCUGAGACCGAACGCAACGAAAAAAAAAAAAGAUGCAGAUUUUCGUGAAAACCCUAACCGGGAAGACCAUCACCCUCGAAGUUGAGAGCAGCGACACCAUCGACAAUGUCAAAGCCAAGAUCCAGGAUAAGGAAGGCAUCCCUCCUGAUCAGCAGAGACUGAUUUUUGCUGGUAAGCAAUUGGAAGAUGGUCGAACUCUUGCAGAUUAUAAUAUCCAAAAAGAGUCAACUCUCCACCUUGUUUUGAGGUUGAGGGGAGGAACUAUGAUUAAGGUGAAGACUCUUACCGGGAAAGAAAUUGAAAUUGAUAUUGAACCAACUGAUACCAUUGACCGGAUCAAGGAAAGAGUUGAGGAGAAAGAGGGCAUUCCUCCAGUGCAGCAAAGGCUUAUUUAUGCUGGCAAGCAACUUGGAGAUGACAAAACAGCUAAAGAGUACAACAUUGAAGGUGGUUCUGUCCUUCAUCUAGUGCUUGCACUAAGGGGUGGGAGCCUCUAAAUAUCAGAAAUCGGUUCGAGCUCAGACCUGGCUUUCAAUUUGUGCGUGUUAAACACUUGUUGUUGCUCUCAUGUCCAUAAGAAGUGGUGUCCAAUUCCAAUGGUGAUGAUAGUGUUAUUUCCUUACUGUUUUUAAUGAUACAAAAGUAAUGGCAACUGGCAAGUACUGCCUAUGGUAUUUGGAUUUGGGAUAUUGGUAAAACCAUUGCAAUGUAAGCAAAUCUUGGAAUCUUGACCUGGCCAACUUCAUCAUUUUCCUCUA